GCCGGGCAGGGUUGGAGGUUCAGUCGGACUCGGCAGCGGAGGAGGGGACACUGUUGUCACUCUUCAGGGCUGUGAGUCGAGCUUUUGUCCAGGAGAAAUGGCCGGGAUUAAAGCUCUCAUCAGCCUCUCCUUUGGAGGGGCCAUCGGCCUCAUGUUCCUCAUGCUUGGAUGUGCCCUCCCCGUGUACGACAAAUACUGGCCUUUGUUCCUCCUCUUCUUCUACAUCCUCUCUCCCAUCCCUUACUGCAUCUCGCGGAGGGUGGUUGAUGACACAGACUCGGCCAGUAACGCCUGCAAAGAGUUGGCCAUCUUUCUCACGACAGGCAUCGUCAUUUCAGCCUUCGGCUUGCCCAUCGUCUUUGCAAGAGCUGACGUAAUCGCCUGGGGGGCGUGUGCGCUUGUGCUAACGGGUAACGUAGUCAUCUUCGGGACCAUCCUGGGCUUCUUCCUCGUGUUUGGAUCCAACGACGACUUCAGUUGGCAGCAGUGGUAAAGCAGCAGAGGGAGGGGGCCCUUAGUCAGAACUGUUUCUAUUACCGUUAUUAUUAUGGUAUUACUGUUUGGUUCUUGCUGUUGUUAUUUAUAUGAUGACCACCCAUCCAUAGACUCACACCAAACCAGUGCAAUACUUUCUUUUUCUUUUCUUUUUUUUACCGCCUGCAUCAUACUGAACUGACACAAGUGGGAUGGAAAAUGCAGAAUUUCAGUUGGAUUUGACUCAUUUUAUUUUUUUAACUUUUGCUCUCUGACUUCUGUUGUGAGUUUUCUCCAUCUGUGUGGUCACUUUCAUUUGAGUUGUUUUGAGCUGAUCUGGUGAACAGCUGCUUUUGCUAUCUGUAAAAAAUAUGCUAACAGGAAUCCGAUUGAAUGUCCAGAAUCAUCAAGGCUGUCUGGCCUCCUUUUUCCAAUUAGCAGAUACUCUAAAAACUCUUUUGUUUUUUCUUUACUAGCACUGAUGGAUGUGAAUUUCCAGCCUAAAUGCUGAUCUGAGUUUUAAAGCAGCAGAAAACCGAUGAAAAAUCUGCACGAUAUGAACUCAAGUUUCAGCACUCACAACUAGACAAAAUGUCUGUCGUUGAAGUGGGUCUUAUUGGAUUAUAAAACUGUGUUCUUCUUUGUUUUGUCACAUUAAAGUGUGAAAAUUCUGAUGAUAUAAUGCAGAGUUUUGUCAGCUCAUGUAAUGUGACCAACACUAAGCUGUGAACUUGCUAGAAGAUGAGUGUGUUUAUGAACAUACCUGGCUUUUACUGCCGCCAACAACACACAUCUUUUUAAUCCUGUUUCAUGUGUAAAUGUGGUUUAAAUCUUUGUUUCUCACCAAAAAGAUAAGGAGAUAGUGUUCAGGAGCAUUUGAGUUCAUUCAAACACCCUCGCUGUCGCUGCAGGGAUCAAAUUAACCUCACGCAGUGAUUUUCCAGGCUGCUUAUUCACCGUGUUACUCUGCAUCUGAUUGCCCUUACCUCACUGUAUGUCCGAGGUAGCCUCACCUUGUCAGGUCAAGAAAGCAUGAGAAGCCUCUAGAAGCUCCCAGCCAGUAGGAUUAGCCUGAGGAGAGCAGCCUUGCUCGUUUGAAACUCAUCCAAGGUACCGUAAGACCUGUGCUACUUAUAACCAGUCACUAACAGCCUUUAAGCUUUUAAUUGUGACUCCCUCAUACUGUGCUCAGUUCAGUGUUAAUUCACAUCCAGACCUGGCACACACACAUUCCCUCACACCAGCAUUUCCAUAAAAAACACGCUAAAGUUGUAUGAUUCAAUUCUGAGUACUAACUCUAGGUUUAUUUGUUGGUUCUUGGAUAAGCAGGACCUGCAGUCGGUCAAGUGCAGCGCUCCAGUCUGUUGCAUUAGUGGAAGCUAAAUAAGGAAUUAAGCAUCUGCUGCCUUGUGGGAGCGCUGGAGUGUUGUGAUGGAGGUUUUAGUUUUAGGUGUUUUUUUUUUAAAUUUACCUGUUUUUCUGUAGAUUUCGCAAUUUGAAAAUGUGCUCUCUGGAAUAGAAAAUAUUGUCAUUUACUUACAUUUUCCCUUUCAUUACAAGAAUAAAGUGUUUUUAGUUUUUACGUCUUGAGCCCAGAAGGUACUUCCUUCUCAGGUUUCCAUACACAGUAGACUUAUUCACAUAUUUUGCCCCACAAUUGCCAUUUUUCAAUUGCCUUUUUAUGAUUUUUAUCACCACACAUGCAACAAAUAUAAUUCUUCUUAGAGGAACAGUUCAACCCUUCUGUAAAUAUUUGAUACAUAUAUAUAGUUAGAAGUCCUAAGUAUUAAGCUGGGGGGAGAUUAGCUUAGCUUAGCCUGAAGACUGGACACAAGGAAACGCUAGACUGAAUUUCAAAAACAGGCCUACAAACAACUCUGAAGCUCACUAAAUAUCAGGUGUUUUGUUUAAUCUGUACGCAAACAGAAAUCUAAAACUGAAAAUUUGUACUUUUUAGCGGGAGUUUUGUGCUUUUAAGUAUUGUGAACAAAAAUAGAAGCACACAAUGCUAACUUCUGUUAUGACUUAGAAAAACAAAAAUCUAAUUUCUUUUAGAAAAGGGUAAAUUUUAACAAACUGAGCACAAAAAGUUUUUAGCUGUUCAUUGAGUAACAAAUCCUCAACCACUGAGGUAAACCACAGCCUCAUCAAGUGUGACUUGAAAGAACAAUCAUCAGAUAGUGUGACUACUGCAGAGCCUUUGAGAAAGAAAUCAUCGAAUAAAUAUUUCCUUUUUUGUCCUGCAAUAUGAUUCUCAAAAUGUCCAGUAAGACUUCAGAAAGAGUGAGAUAACAUUCCACUAGCAUGAUGCAAAUGCUGCACACGUAGACUUGUGAUUUUUGAUCGAUGACCCCACUCUCCAUUAUCAUUUCCUAAAGACAUUUCCGAAACCAGUAACUCCCUCCAAAACCACAGACUGUCAGUUUUACGUUUUUCUUUGUGCACAUGUUAAUCAAAUGAGAUGCGACUUGCUAAUCUGUGAGCUUUAGAGAUGCUAACAUGGUUUUAUUUGUUUUGGACAGAGCCCGGCUAGCUGUUCACCCCCUUUUUUCUAGUCACUGUAGCUUCAUACGUGAAGCCCAGACAUGAGAAUUUCACCUUUUGAAAAGUUGAAAAUGAACAGGUCAAAUUAGCAGGAACAGAAACCGUGUUUUCUGCAUUAAUUAAAAAUUCACAGGACUCAAAACAUCAACUGGCUGUCAGUGCAUUAAAUUUAACAUUGAGGCUGCAAGGCUCCUGUAUAGUCAACCUUUCUGUCUGUUACCUGAUUGCUUGUAUUAAAACCACCCCGUGACGGCAGCUUUUUACUUUCUGUUGAAACUACUGACAUGAUUCGUGCACAUUUUAGCUCCUGUUUGAAUCUGAACGAACCCUCUGGUGACAGUCUGUGAGCCUGUCUGUGAUUGGACAAGCAGGGUAACUCCAUAUUGUUUUCCUGAGGUGUGUGUAUGACACUGAAUUUAAAGCUAAAUAUGUCGAAAGUUCUCCAAUUUUCUGUUCUUGUUGUCUGGUGUAAACUCCCCGAUGUAACGCAGUCUGGUGUGUAGCUGUGGGAUGGGAUUCUCUACGAUUCUGUUCUCUUUUUUUGUUGUUUCUUCCGCAGAUAUUGUGAGGAUGUUGUAUUUAUUUAUUUUGUGGGACGCUUUGUGUCGAUGUCCAACACCAUUUUCUAUCUACAACAUUUGUGUUAAAGAUGCAGAAGUCAGCAUGGUGGUUUCUUUUUCUUUUUUUUAAAAUAAACGCCAUUUUUGAACAUCC